AUGAAACCUAUAAGAGACCAUAUCUACAGCGUCACUUUGGGAGCACAAGGACAAACUGUCAUGUUAACACAGUACUAUGAAAUGACAUGUAGAAAGAAGAGCCAUCUCAGUGAAACACAAUGGUAUGCUGUUUAUAUCAACAGCAAAAUUUGGGAAUAUAUUUCAACCUUCCAAAACUUUGAAAGAGUCACCAAUGUUCUUCAAGAUGAAGCUGUUGCAUUUAGUCUAUUGAAUUGGUUAAAGAAUAACAUACAGAAACCCGAUGACGCCAUUAUCAAUAUUGAUACUCAUCAAAUAUUUUGA